AUGGUCACUCAUCGGCGGAGAACGCGUUCCGACUCGGUCAACGCAAACAACGCUUCCAAUGAAACUGAAGAAGACGAAAGUACUCCCAAAGAUACCGACGUUCUAUUUGGUUGUUACGACUUUUUAGAGAAUCAUCCUGGAACCAAACAAUGGGCUUCUGUUGUUGGCACUUACAGCAAUCAAUACUACUGGUCGUCGACGUUGUAUCAAAGGAUUCUCAACGACAAGCAUCUUCUUGGGAAAAGGUAUUUUGUUUUUCUGAAAAAGAAUAAGUUUCGACCCGCCACCGAGUUGGAAAUUGAGCAACGAACCUGUGGCGUCUUUGACAAUGGAGGAGGCAAAAAGAAACAGUCACGGAAACGACGGACACCGAACGGAGACAAAUUAACUACAGGGGUCACCACAACAACUGCAAACAUGAAGAAUAGUGCCAAUGACUUUCAGGAAGGUGAUAACGUUUAUGUCUACGACCAACUCUGGAGGGGCAAGAUUGUGGAGAUGGCUGAUUUCGUGGAUGGUCGCAAGUACAAAGUGCAUUACACGGGUUUCUUGGCCACCUCUGAUCAAUGGGUAGACAAGUUGCAACUCUUUCCAUAUUCAGAACAAAUGAAAGAAAUCUAUAAUCAAAUUGAUAAGGCCGAAGGGACUGCCUUUGAGGGGGAGUAUGAUGUAGCAGAGACUACGCAUGGGAAUGAAGAUUACGAAGACGCGGAGGAACAUGAACUUGGGGUAAAGAAGCGACGAAGGGCUCAGACAAAAGGAAAGCGGGGGUCUACUGCAAGCAACAAUAGCAAGGUCGCGAACCCUAAAAAUGCGACAACGCACACACAAAGAUCGUCGUCGCCAUCCAACACCACAUCAACGACGGUCGCAACUGAAGAAUCCAUCACUGACAAUGAAGAAGUGAAUUCCAUUAGUGCUUCACAUUACAACAAUGUCACAAAACUGGCCGGUGAUGGGGUCUCAGAAACGUUUUCCCAUCGAUUGUUUACAAUGAAGCAAAAAUCAAAAACUACUGCCAACAGCAAUUCAACACCAAUAAAAGCAGCUGCCAAAACUGCAACUGGUGCUGCUGCUUCCAUUGAUUCCAAUGAAACGACAGAUUCAUCGCAUUUUAUCACGGAUGCCCUAGCCAAAUGCGAAGCAGCCAAACGCACUGCCCAAGAGGAGGGGAUGACAAGCAUUCGUCCGCUCUUGAAUGGGGAAGCGGCCAAAUGGUCCUUUGCGUCAAUCAAUCGAUUUCUCAAUGUAGAGGAAAUACAAACCAACUUCCUACAAUUGGAUCAAAUGAAAUCGGAUGUUGUCAAAUGGAAGGAAGAAGGCGGAAUCAAAUGGUUAGAGGCCUUGGCUAUGGAACGAAACAUUGAAAAAUGGAGCAAGGCGCAAGAGCACCUCGCCAAGUUUGUAGAAUGUCUUGUGGAAGACUUGUGA